AUGUCCUCGGGGACUCGCACACUGUCAUGCGUCCAUCGUUUGCGGCCAAGGCUCUCUGGCCUACACGUUGCCACGAUAGGCGCCCUCGUUAGUCUGCUGUACCUAUUCUACACCUUUGCCGUACCACAGCUGCGACGGCUGCAUCUCCGGACAGACUUGAGCUGGUAUGAUCUGGGACUCUAUGGGUUCGGACCUUCCCAAGACUAUGUCUCUUUCGAUUAUGAGUCUCCAGUAGUCCAAAUCUUGGAAGCGGGCUCUGGAUGCGACUCGCGAUUCACCUUCCUGGCUCCCAGAGGGGACUCCAUUGCCCAGCCGGGGCCCAUGAUCCUCGAUUCCAGAGGCGAACUUAUUUGGAUGAAGCACAACUGGGAAAUCACUCAGGACUUCAGGGUCCAAAGGUAUGAGGAUGCUGAUUAUCUCACAUAUUGGGAGGGUGACGAGAUCGAAGGUAGAGGUUAUGGGGCUUGGUAUAUGGCUAAUCCGCCACAGUUGGAUUCCACGUACACCCAGCGAUAUGUAAUCACCCCUGUUGGAAGCUAUGGUGGUGACCUGCAUGAGUUUCACAUCACACCUCAAGGAACCGCUCUCGUCACGAUUUAUGACCCAGUGCUUGCCGAUUUGACCUCAGUUGGAGGGCCAGAGUUGGGAUGGAUAUAUGAUGGCUUAUUCCAGGAAAUCGACAUUGCGACAGGCGAACUGAUUUUCGAAUGGCGUGCAUCGAAACAUUACCCGAUCAACAGCACUUAUGAAAGCUUGGGCAAGUCUGGGAUGGCCCGAUCAUCAGCCUUCGACUACUACCACAUCAAUAGUGUCGACAAAGAUGAGGAUGGAAACUAUAUUGUUUCAGCGCGACAUACUCACACCAUCAGCUGCAUUGACAAAAGCAGCGGUGUGGUGUUGUGGACGCUCGGAGGCAAGCUCAAUGAGUUUCGGGACCUUUCGAAUGGAGAGGCGACCAACUUUGCUUGGCAACACGAUGCGCGCUGGCAUCCCAAUAGCACGCUUACUCUGUUUAACAACGCAGCGCACUCGACGAGAGACCCUGACGAGGAAAGCCACGGCAUGAUGAUUCACCUUGACCUCGACGCUCGCGAAGCGACCCUCCAGGCUGCUUACCAUCACCCCCAACAGAUGAAAGCUGUUUCGCAGGGGAAUCUUCAAAUGCUGGGCGACGACGGCCGUGUGCUAGUGGGCUGGGGCCAUAACGCCGCCUUCACCGAGUUCAGCUCUGAUGGGGAGAUGUUGUGCAAUGUUCAUUUCGGAGCCUCGGCGUUCUUUGGCUUUGGUCGCGUGGUGUCGUACCGUGCUUUCAAAAGCGACUGGGUUGGAAGGCCACAGACUGCUCCGGACGCCGAUGUGGUAGGCGAUCGGGUCUAUGUCAGCUGGAACGGGGCUACAGAGGUUGCCGCAUGGCAGCUUGAGACUUGGCUAUCUGGUGAGCUCGAAAACGCUGCCUUCAAGGUGGUGACACAAGUCGAGAAAUCCGGGUUUGAAACCGAGCUCGAGAUUCCGGAGAACCUGGAAGGCCCUCUGUUUCGACUGGCGGCACUGGAUUUGGAUGGCAACGUCUUGGGUGUUACAGAGCUGUUGCAGAGGGAGCAGAGGAGUGUCAUGGAACAGCUUUUGAAUAUGCACUACUGGAUCUUGGGCAUUGCUUUCGUCAUGAGCGGCCUCGGUCUGUUCCUUGGGUUCUGCAAGUGCUGCGGCUUUGAUCCCAGCCCCCAUCGAUGGCGCUGUCGGCCUUCUGAAUAUCGGAUGGUGGCUUUUAGCGACACUGAUACAGUUCAACAGUCGGUAUAG